CAUCUGGUCCAAUUGUCCAAAACCCAGAAACGCAUUUGAGAGGCAAGAGUGAAGAAACCCAGUGUUACAGCCAUGCAGGUUUACUUUCUCUUCAAGCCAAACCUAGUUGUCCUUCAUGGCUUUUCUGCUUGUGCACACUUUGUUCUAUUACUUGUUAUGUCCGUGGCCUGGGUCUGCAACAGACUCAAGGUGAACAGCCAUGAAUGUACGGAGCAGAGGUUGAAGGAUAACGCCAAGUUCUUACUUUACAUUCCAACUCUUCUCUCUUGUUUGGGUAUGUCUUUGUUUCAUCUAAUUUUAUCCGUUUUAAACUACUUUUAUUGGUACCGUGAUGGGUGGUCUGAAUCGUCUGAGAAUUAUCUUGCUAUACAGUUUGAUUUAGUACUCAGAACUCUUGCUUGGUUUGUAGUCUGUGGUUACUUACGUGCCUGUUUGUCUUAUUCAAGUGAGAAGAAGUACCCAAUAUUUCCAAGGAUUUGGUGGGGUUUCUACUUCUUACUUUCUUGUUCUUGCCUUGCUCUAGACAUUGUAUUGUAUACACAACACAAAUGCUACUUGCCCACCCAUUUCUGGGUUUUGGACAUUGGAUCAGUACUCCCUGGUUCGUUCCUGUGUUACAUUGGUUUAUUUGGAGGUAGGAACAGAGAAAAUACUAUUCCUCUUCAAGAACCUCUUUUAAAUGGUGUUGGUGGAUCAUCCAAUGGGAAUGGGAUUAGAAAUGUGAGUCCUUACUCAAGUGCAGGUCUUCUCAGUCUGUUGACAUUUUCUUGGAUCAGUCCUUUGAUUUCACUUGGUAAUAAGAAGACACUAGACCCAAAUGAUCUUCCUGAGAUUGCAGAAAUUGGUAGUGCUAAUAGAAUAUUCCCAAUUUUUAUAAACAAGCUCGAAUCUUAUUGUGGAAGUGAUAAUGAAAGUAAUGGAGUGGGAUCACUCUUAUUGUUAAAAGCCUUGAUUUUAUCAAUGUGGAAGGAAAUCCUAUAUUCAGCUUUCUUUGCUCUUGUAAACACAAUCUCUUCUUAUGUGGGUCCCUAUCUAAUGGAAACCUUCAUCCAAUACCUACAUGACAGAGGAAACUCCACACUCAAAGGAUGUCUAUUAGUCUCGGUAUUUCUUGUGGCAAAGCUUGUUGAGUGUCUUUCACAAGGUCAAUUGCAUUUCUGGGCUGAUCGGUUUGGGAUGCAGGGCCACACGGCACUGGUUGCACUUAUCUAUAAGAAGCUUCUCUCACUCUCCAGCCGUGCAAAGCAGGACUAUACUAGUGGAGAGAUUGUCAAUCUCAUGAGUGUUGAUACUGAGAGGAUUGGGGAAUUCAGUUGGUAUGCGAUUCGUCUAUGUCUUGUCCCAUUCCAAAUUGGAGUGGCCAUGUUUAUCUUGUACAGGAGCAUGGGACCUGCUUCAUUCAUUACCUUGGCAGCUGCCAUGACCAUUAUGGUAGGUAAUAUACCUGUGGGGAGAUUGCAACAGAAGUUCCAGCUUGGUAUGAUGGAAGCAAAAGACGAACGCAUGAAAUCAACAGCUGAGAUUCUGAGGAACAUGAGAGUUCUCAAGCUUCAAGCUUGGGAGAUGAGGUUCUUGUCCCAAAUAUAUGAACUAAGGAAAAAAGAAGAGAAUUUGUUGAGGAAGUAUUUGUACACUUCGGUUGUGGAAGUGUUUCUUUUCUGUGGCGUACCUGCUUUUAUGGCUGCCAUCUCAUUUCUGUCUUGUAUACCUCUGGGCAUUCCUUUGACUUCAGGAAGGAUAUUAUCUGCCCUUGCAACAUUCAGAUAUCUGCAAGUACCUAUUGAUGAACUUCCUGCUAUAAUUACCAUGUUUGCUCAGAUGAAGAUCUCUCUUAACAGGAUUGUCUCAUUCCUCUGCCUUGAAGACCUCCAUCCAGACAUACUAGAGAAGCUCCCAAGAGGAAGCUCUAAGGUUUCAGUAGAAAUAAUUAAUGGAAAUUUCUCCUGGGAUCUAUCCUAUGCAAACCCUACCCUUAGAAACUUAAACUUGCGAGUGUACAAUGGCAUGAAGGUGGCUAUUUGUGGAACUGUUGGUUCUGGGAAGUCAAGCUUGCUGUCCUGCAUAUUGGGUGAAGUCCCCAGGCUAUCUGGGACUGUUACGUUGGCAGGGAGUAAGGUAUAUGUUUCUCAGUCUUCUUGGAUACAGGGUGGCACAAUAGAAUAUAAUAUACUGUUUGGCAAAGAGAUGGACAGGGAGAAGUAUGAACAAGUUCUUGAAGUAUGCUCCUUGAAGAGUGACAUUGAGGUUCUUGAUUUUGGGGAUCAGACAAUCAUAGGUGAGAGGGGGAUAAACCCGAGUGGUGGUCAGAAGCAAAGGAUUCAAAUUGCUCGUGCUUUGUACCAGGAUGCUGAUAUCUAUCUGUUUGAUGACCCUUUCAGUGCUGUUGAUGCUUACACGGGAACCCAUCUCUUUAAGAGAUGUUUACUUGGCCUUUUGGGAUCAAAAACAGUGAUCUAUGUCACCCAUCAGGUGGAAUUUUUACCAUAUGCUGACCUUAUCCUGUUAAUGAAUGAUGGGAUGAUUACACAAGCAGGGAAGUAUGAUGAUAUUCUUAUUUCAGGAUCUGACUUCGUGGAACUGAUUUCAGCACAUGAGAAAGCUCUAAGGGCCAUUGAUUCCACAAAGAGUACAUGUCCAAACCAGGUAGAAAAUGAAGAAAACUUGCAUUAUUUUGUGGAAAAUUGUAAAAAAGGAAAAUUAAGAAAAGAUGGAGUAAAUAGUGAGUUUGAUGAGAUAGUAGUGCCGAAGGUGCAGUUUGUUCAAGAAGAAGAUGGAGGCAAGGGCAAAGUUGGUAUGUCUAUCUAUUGGACAUACAUUACAACAUCAUAUAGAGGCGCCCUCAUACCAUGUAUUUUGCUUGCCCAAAUUCUCUUUCAAUUUCUUCAAAUUGGGAGCACAUACUGGGUGGCUGGUACUUUUCCUGCUUCAGAAGAUAAAAGAACUCCAACUGGAGGAUUAUUUCUUAUACAAUAUGUUGCAUUGGCCCUUGGAAGUUCUGUUUGUAUCCUUGUUGCGGACUUGCUUCAAGCAAUAUCUGGAUACAAGACAGCUACACUGCUAUUCAAGAAGAUGCACAAUUGUGUUUUCCGAGCUCCAAUGUCAUUCUUUGACUCCACUUCUUCUGCAUGUAUCCUAAAUAGAGCAUCAAUUGAUCAAAGCGAGGUUGAUGAGUCGAUACCUAAUUUAAUAAAAUGGUUUGCUUUUUCAACCAUUCAACUUUUGGGAACAGUAAUAAUGAUGUCCCAGGUUUAUUGGCAUGUUUUCAUAAUUUUUGUCCUUAUGAUCUCUAUUUCUAUCUGGUAUCAGCAAUACUGCAUAGCCACAAUAAAAGAGUUAUCUCGGAUGGUCGGUGUGCGGAAUGCUGAUAUCAUACAACAUUUUACAGAAACAGCAUCAGGGUCAACUACAAUCAGGAGUUUUGAUCAGGAAUCGAGAUUCAUGGAAACAAAUCUCAAGCUAAUUAAUUCUUAUCAACAACCCAAUCUCUACCGUAUUGGUGCAAUGUUGUGGCUAUUCUUCCGCUUGGAUAUAUUGUCAUUAGUGAUGUUUACUUUCGCUUUGGUUCUUUUGAUCACCUUACCAGGAGUAAUUGAUCCAAUCAUUGCAGGGUUAGCAGUGAUGUAUGGACUUACUUUGAACAUGCUACAAGAAGAUAUCAUAUUUACCCUAUGCGACCUUGAGAAUAAAAUUGUAUCUGUAGAGAGAAUACUUCAAUACGCAUGCAUUCCCCAUGAACCUCCUCCCAUAAUAGAAGGAAAUAGACCUGAUCCUAACUGGCCAUCCUGUGGAGAAGUUGAGAUUCAGAAUUUACAGGUUCGUUAUGCCCCACACUUGGCCCAUGUUUUGUGUGGUAUUACAUGCACCUUCAAUGGUGGAGAAAAUAUUGGGAUUGUUGGGAGAACAGGCAGUGGCAAAUCUACUCUUAUACAUUCGUUAUUCCGCCUUGUGGAUCCAACCUGUGGUCAAAUUCUAAUCGAUGGUAUUGACAUUAGAAAUAUAGGGCUGCAGGAUCUGAGGUCCAGAUUAAGUAUCAUUCCACAAGACCCCACUAUGUUCAAGGGUACCCUGCGAAGCAACCUUGAUCCACUUGGUGAGUACACAGACCAACAAAUAUGGGAAGCUCUAGACAAGUGUCAACUGGGAGAAGAAAUUAGGAAGAAAGAGGAAAAGCUUGAUUCAGAAGUAGUUGAGAAUGGUGAAAAUUGGAGCCUUGGUCGGCGACAGCUGGUCUGCUUAGGACGGGUUUUACUAAAACAGAGUAAAAUUCUUGUUCUUGACGAAGCAACAGCUUCAUUAGAUACAGCAACUGAUAGCCUGAUCCAGAGAACAAUAAGAGAUCAAUUUUCAGGGUCAACAGUCAUCAGUGUAGCUCAUCGAAUAGAUUCUGUCCUUGAUAGUGACAUGAUCUUGCUACUUGAUCAAGGUCUUAUUGUGGAGUAUGACCACCCAAGAAAAUUGCUAAAAAACAAAUCUUCAGCAUUCACAAAACUUGUAGCAGAGUAUACCUUAAGGGUCAAUCUAGGAAGGAAUAUCAUGAAAUAGGCUUGUCUCAAACAAGAUAGGUAAUUGGGUUGAUAAGGAAGAUCUGUCAGAGCUGAUAGUCUGCAGGAGAGGUCAUCUCUUUAUGUCUAUCCCUCAGAAUGGCAUCUCUUGAGGCAUAGCCAGUGUCAAAUGGAACAAUCAUGGAUCAUGCAAUACUAGUCAUUACUUGCUACUUGGAACUGGUGUCAUCCAAGUCAAUGGUCUCAUGUAACCAAUCUGAUUUGUAGGGAACAAGUGUAAAUUUACAAGGAUUUUAGGGUCAAAUGUGAUGCUAGCAAGUUAGGAGUGUGUUUUUAGUAAGUAGACGUUAUAUGAUAAUUAGUUUGGGAGUUUAAUCAAUAUAAAAUGGUUGUGUAUUUGCAGGU